AUGUCAUUCCAAGCGGGUUCAAUUUUUAAUCAAAAAUCUCGUCCUUCAAUCCAAUCAUCUAGGGAAUAUGAAUCUUAUACACAAUCCCCUAUAGAAGAUCCAGGGUUAAGUAAUCGACACAGCAUCACAGAAUCCCUGAAGCAUCCUGCUAGCAUUAUAGAUGCAGCCCGAGAAAGUGAAUGGAUGUGUGAUGAAGACAUUAAGACCGAUGUAUUAUACCCUCAAUACAAUUCAAGCAAUCAAAAACCUGAUCUCACCGCAUUUGAUGCUAUGGUCAAAGAACAAGCCCGCAAGUUGUCUUGUGGUACCUUAAGAUUGACAAGAACAUUAAGCAAACAGAAUCAGUUGUAUGGAGACUUUGCAAAAAACAACAAUCUCAAUGUUGAUCCAGAUGCAUUUCGGUUUGAGAUGUACUCUACCAAGGCUAUUCCACAGCCCACUCAAAGGAUUCAGUGUUUGCUUACCGAAGAAGGGCGUAGUUUACUCGAUUAUACAUUAAAAUCUACUGGAUGGUGGUUUGAUGCUUUGAGCCCAACAGAUGAAGAAAUGAGAGUUUUGAGCAAGACGCUUCACAUUCACCCUUUAACGACUGAAGAUAUUCAAGCAGAAGAGCCGCGUGAAAAGGUCGAAUUGUUUCCAAAUUAUACAUUUGUUUGCUUCCGGAGCUUUGAUAUCGACCCUUAUUCAGAACUCAUCCGUCCUUACAACUUUUAUAUCCUGAUCUUCAAAGAAGGUCUUUUGACAUUCCAUUAUAAGACAUCACCACAUCCAGAGAAGGUCCGUCAACGUAUUGAUAAUCUCAAGGAGCAUAUGCUGAUUACACCCGAUUGGAAUAGCUAUGCCUUGAUCGAUGCCAUUACUGACAGUUUCGCACCCACAAUCAAUCAAGUUGAAGUAGAAGCUAUAUCUAUUGAUGAGUUAUCACUUGUACUUCGUCGAUCUGAACAAUCAGAUAUGCUUAAAAGAAUCAGUCGAUGUCGCCGUCGAUCAACCCAACUUUCACGCUUACUUAGCUCAAAGCUUGAUGUUCUUAAAAGUCUGAUGAAGAGAUAUGAAGACAAGUCACGCGAUAACCUGUUUUUCCAGUCAAACAUGCUUACUAGUGAUCAAGAACCCUCUAAUCCUGCAAAUGAUAUUGCGGAGAAAAGGUCUUUUACUGAAGUUCUUUUGUACUUGGGUGAUAUUCAAGAUCAUAUUGUUACAAUGGCGCAAAAUGUCAAUCAUUAUGACAGAAGUCUGUAUAGAGCUCACACAAACUAUCUGGCUCAAGUCAACCUUGAGCUCACAGAAACCUAUGCAAAGACAAACGGUGUCAUGAACCGACUUACAUUCCUAGCAACUGUAUUCGUACCUCUCACACUUGUUGGUGGUCUAUGGGGAAUGAAUGUCAAGGUACCUGGUGGAGACCAUGUUGACCUCAACUAUUUCUAUUGGAUCCUUGGUGGAAUGGCUCUUUACUGUGUAUUCUCGAUGUAUUUGGGAAAACAGGCACAUAUACUUUAACAAGGUCUAAUAGAUUUUUUUCCUCAGAAGCUAUUAUUUAAACCGAAAAGAAGCUGCUUUUUAUAAAUAAGUAUAUUAGAAAUAGUGUAGAAAAUUUGAACGAUUUAUAGAACAAUUC